CCACAGUUGGUGUUGCUAGUCACUGCCAUCAGUCAACAUCGUAGUGACUCAACGUAGUCAGGCAGCGCAAAAAAUGACGGACCAAAUUCGCGCCUGCGUUCUUUCGACGUUAUGUUGUAUGUUUGCCAUUUUCCAGCCUUCGGCAACCGUAGUUCAUCACAUGCGGUUUGUGGAGGCCAAACAAGACGUGGAGGAGGAUGCAGCAACUUACUCUGUGAGAUACCAAUACCGCGCGUACUCCCGUCCUCAGUAUUCCUGGAGAUCUGAAGACAGCGUUCUCUUUCCGGACGCCUCCAUUAUAAUCACAGACAGCUACAACGGACGGGAAGGGGAGGUAAUUCUGAAGCUGCUCCAGGCUCAGCACGACCAGAUCAGCCUGUGGAUCAAGGAGGACGACGUUUCGCACACCAUCAAGUUUAAGCCGCACCCUUCCAGCACGCCGAGAACCGAGCGUUCUUUCCCGGAGAUCUCCUUCCACACGAACUUGGAACCCGUGACGGAAUACGACAGACACCAGAGGUCGCGCAUCGCGUUCGAGGCAGACGUCGAAACUCCGGGCUACGAGUUCAAGUACAUGUUCUGGUCCAUGGUGACCCUCAACAAGUCAGAGGUGGUGUUGAAUUACGGCUCCUCCUUGCCCAACUUCGAGUCGGACAGCGGGCCUCUGCACGAGGUGUCCCGACCACGGGACCACCUUCACCAAUCGGAGUACGAACUCUCCACCGAUGACCUUGGCGACGGUGCGAUUAUCACCCUACAGGUCAUCACAGCUCGCAAGGGUGCCCCUUCGUCCCCCGUCGCACAGGUACGCGAGACCUACACUUUCAUGCUGCACCCGAAAUCGACGUCUGGUCCGUUCACUCCUGGGUCGGUUGCGAUUCUGGACCAGCCUCCUGUCGUCUGCUGGGCGGGCGCCCCGUGCUCCAUCACGUGCUCGGCGUACGGCAACAGACCCGUCUCCGUGGAGCUCCUUCGCGCCAACUCUGACGGUUCAAAGGAAGAGCUCGCCACGGCUCCCAAGGCAGAGAUCAAAGGAGAAGGUUGGAUCGACGCGGUUUUCCAGAUCAACCAGGCUGGAGAGUACGUCUGCCACGCGAACAGUCAGGUCAAGGACACCGAGACACACGUGAGAGUGUACAAAAUUUAAACCCGCGAAGACACUUGAGUUCUCGUUUACCGAGACAUAUAUGAGUUUACAAAAUUUAAACGCACGAGGACAAUGAGUUGACGUUUACAGAGACACAUAACAGUUUACAGAAUGAUUGACUAAUGUUUUAAUAAUCAAAAUUUCAUUAUAUGUAGGCGAAUAGAAGAAAUUAAGCAUCCACAGAACGAUUACAGAUUCUCAUAUUCAGUGAUCAAUAUCGAUAUAGUAACCAUGAUGUUACAAUAGCUGAACACACCGACUGAUUAAAAGCUUAAAACCCU